GCCCUACCUAAACAGAAGGUGUCAUCCUCCUUCCUAUUGGAGGACGUGGGAAUUUAAACUCUCGAAUCGAACAGGAAAUGGAUCUGUAAUAACGAAAUAAACAUUCGAGACGUCAAAAACUGGUCGAAUUAUCAUAUCAGCCGAAACAAUUCGAGUUAAACUUAAGUCGGGGAAGCGGAAAAAUCAUUUUAAACGACAUUUACAGCAAUUUAACUGUUUAUGACGUCAUGGAUAUUUUUAUGAACGGACGUUGAUGGUGUCAUUGUCGAGAGAUCUGAUAUGGCUAAGACCAAAGUGAACAUGGGAAUGACUUAUAAUUCGACCAGUUUGUCAUCUUUGAACCAGGAGGGUUAUCUUCUAACUCCUACGACAAAGACACCAUCAACAUCGUCGACGUUGAAACGUCAACAACCAACACCGACCAUCUUAAUGGACGAAUAUGGACAGACUCCAGAUCAUUACUAUCUUGCUAGAAAUCCAACCAAACCACCAGCUAACAGGAAUCAGGUUAAACGUCGUCUGGACCUAGAAGCCGUGGGCUCGGUGAGCAACGACGAAGGUUUUAGAACUCCAAAAGCAAAGAGAGGAAGGCCACCCUCUUAUAAUAUAAGUCCAAAAAUAAAAUCUCCAAUAGAGAAAACACGGUACGACACCUCGCUUGGAUUAUUGACCAAAAGAUUUGUCGAACUGCUUACCGGAGCUCCCGACGGUGUUGUAGAUCUGAAUAAAGCAUCGGUGUUGUUGUGCGUGCAGAAACGGAGGAUCUACGACAUAACAAAUGUUCUGGAAGGAAUCGGCCUUAUUGAGAAAAAAUCGAAGAACAACAUCCAGUGGAAAGGCGGGACUCUAAAUUCUGAAUUGGCAGCAAAGUAUGAGAAUGUAGAAAAGGAGAUAACGUUGUUAGACAGUAAAGAAAAUCAGCUGGAUGAACUCAUUCACAAUGCAACCUUACAACUGAAAAUGAUGACGGAAACUGAAGACAAGAAGUAUGCAUAUAUUACGUACCGUGACCUUCAAGGCAUCAAGUCCUUUUCCGACCAGACGGUCAUUGCCAUCAAAGCACCUCCGGAAACCAGAUUAGAAGUACCUGAUCCUAGAGAGUCUCUCCAAAUUUGGUUAAAGAGUGAAAAGGGCGAGAUAGAAGUCUAUCUUUGUCCCGACGACGACGAUAGCUCUUCUUUAAAAGAAGAGAAACAAGAAAAAUCGAUAAAAAUCGAGAGCAGUAGCAAUGAGAAUUUAAAAGCAGACCCCUCUUUAAAGUACGCUUUAAUAUCCGAAGACGACGAUUUAGCUCCGAUGGGAAAGAAUUUCCUACUACAAACAGAGGACCAACAUAGCGAUUCACUGCCAUUUGUACAUUUAGAGCCACCGUUAUCGGAAGAAGAUUACACAUUCACUCUGGACGAAGGAGAAGGGAUAGCAGAUCUGUUUGACACCUGUGAUUUUUCUAUGUAAGAUAGUAAUUAUAAUCGAAUCCCCAUCGAUUUAUUGCCCUGUUUGAUUUUUCCCCUUUUUUUAAAGCCCGAUAUUGUUGUGUGGCAUUACGAAAAAGGACAUUUUCUCGAAGAUAAUUUGUCGGCAGAAAUAGCAAAAAAAUACCGAAACGAUUUGUUUUUCUUGCACCAAACAUUGAAUGAGCACGAUCAAAACAGAAAAAAGUAUUCAAAUUUCUCAUUGUUUCUUAACAUUUGCUGAUUUAUUCUUAUUCGUUUUAAUGAAACUUUUUUAUGUAUUAGCGACAGGAAAAGUUAGUUUUAACACUUAGCAGGUUAUUGAUUUGAUAGUGUUGUGUUUUGAUGGUUAUUUCAAAUUUUUACUUGUAUAUGAAUGUUUUUUUUUUUUUGUAAUUUUUGAAUUUUUAGUCUAGUGCAACUUACAUUGUAAUCGAAAGAGACAAAGAAGGAUUUGCCUGUAUGAGGUUUGGCUUUUGUUAAAUUAAAUUCACAGGAGCCACCGUGCGCUUGCAAGUACUUGCAGCACUCGAACUUAACGAGAGGACCUUAAAAUGCAAUGCGAGAGAAUUUCUUUUAAUCACCUCGAGCGCCUUUUUUGUAUAUAUCCGUAUAAAGUCCGUUCUUGUUGAAAUUUGUUUCUUUGAUAUUUGACACACUACUGUUGUUUGUUCUCAAAGAAAAAAAAAAAGAAUUGUAAGAUAAUUAGCAUUAAAUAUUCAUGCAAGCGGACGAACAAACAGAGACGUGUGCCUUAAUUUGUACGCUUCCUUUAAUUAAUUCUUAUGUACUUGUUUUGCAUGUCGGAGUUAAAAUAAUGUACAUAAAUGUAAAAAUAUCGAUCAUAUAUUUUUAAGCGAAAAGAAAAAAAACCAAGUUAUCGAGUGGGAUAUUUUACUUGGGAUGUCGGUUAUUCUUAUCUUUAUCAUUUUAUCUAAUCGUAAUUAUUAUUGCGACGGAAUUGAGGAAAGCGUAAGAAACCAUCGA